UAUUAUAUUCAAAUGCGAUGUGUGAUGCUUACACAUCCAGCAUGAGUACUUCAAUAGUAGACAGUCAACCACUACAAUUGAAGUUUUAUUAACUGCAGUUUUCUACUGUAGAAGCUUAGACAAUAUAGUUUAGAGUAUCUCAACAUGCCAACAUGUUCAUCCAGUUACAUGAUGAUGUUCAAAAAUAAUGUUCUCAUAAAAUUCUGUUCAUGGUAAAUAUAAAUGCAAAAAAUGUGUAACCAUGUAAUCAGGAAAAUGAGUUAACAAGGGAAUUUUUAUAUAUAUAUAGGAUAGCUAUGAGGCCAGCCCUGCUUUAUGGUACAGAAUGUUGAGCAGUCAAGGAAUAACAUGUUCAUAGGAUGAGUGUAGUAGAUACGCUGAUCUUGAGAUGGAUGAGUGGCAAGACAAUGAAGGAUAGAAUUAGGCAUCAAUUCAUUCGAGGGAACUUUGGAGUAACACCAAUAGGUAAUGACAUGAGGGAAAAUAGACAGAGAUGGUUUCAUGUGCAGCAGAAUCCAAGAACUGCGAGAAUUAGGAGUGAGUCAAUUCAAGUUGAAGGCUCUAGGGGAGAGGCCCCAAAGGAUGUGGGUGGAGGUAGCAAGAAAAGACUUGAGGAACUAUGGUUUAACUGAGGAUAUGGUCCCUGAUAAGUUGGAAUGCGUAACAGGAUUUGUGUAGGUGGCCUCAGUUAUUCAGGAUAAGGCUUAGAUGAUGAUGAUCUAAUCAUAAUAACAUCAAAACUACAAUUAUAAUACCGAAAACAAUGAAAAUGGUUGAAGUAUUAUCCAAGGUUCUAUGUCAAAUUACAGCUACAUGUCCAUUGCAGUUGCUUAACUACCUGAAAAUGAAUGAAACCAAACUAUGAGUUAUUCUUAUGGGUAAUUUAAGUACCUCAUUUAUUGCAUUUGUUUAACAAAUCAUUAUCUUAUACAUUGCUAUGUUUUAUGUGUGAUUAUGCGUGUUAGAUCCUGAAAAUUUCCUUCCUGAUUUAGCACUAGGUCUUCUCUGUCAAUGACCUUUACCACUAUGCUAUUUUUCAUUCAAACACAGUUUUGACACCUUCGCAGGAAGUAGCUGAAUUAGUAAAACAUGACUUUGGGAGCAUUGACAUCCUUGUGCACUCUCUUGCCAAUGGCCCAGAGAUAUGGUGGGGGCAUGAGUUCAGCUAAAGCUACUCUAGAGAGUGAUACCAAGGUGCUUGCAUUUGAAGCAGGAAGGCGCCACAAGAUUCAAGUUAAUACAAUAUCUGCUGGUAUGACUGUUAUCUUCAUACUUUUAUUUUCUAAGACAUGGUACUUGCUAGAGUAUCUCCCUGUCGUGACAUUUUUCACAUUGAUGAAAACUCUCAAGUCCAAUGAGAAGCCAUGCAGCCAAGGCCAUUGGAUUCAUCGACAUGAUGAUUGA